GGAGAUACGUGCACCCACGACUAACCACGUGGGUCUGCCUCUGCAAACACCCACAACAAAAAAAGAUAUACAAAGUUACAAACACAACACUCAACCUCGACCAAAAAAAACAGAAGUUAAAAUAAAAUAUUACUCCCAAGUACCAAGUCAUGAUGCUUCGAAGUGUCAUCAUCUCUUUAAACAAACCUUAUUUUCCCACACCACACAUUAAAACUAUGCCUCAAUAUUCCUCCAAAAACGUCGCCGUUAUCGGUGCGGGCUCCGCGGGCCUCAUUACGGCCCGCGAACUCCAACGAGAAGGCCACAACGUCGUAGUAUUUGAACGAGAAAAUCAAGUAGGAGGCACAUGGGUAUACACACCCGACACAGAAUCCGACCCGGUUGGAACCGACCCGACCCGAGAGAUUGUUCAUUCAAGUCUCUAUUCAUCUCUCCGCGUUAAUCUCCCUCGUGAAGUAAUGGGUUUUCGGGAUUACCCGUUUGUGGUAAAGAAAAGACCCGGUAGUGACCCGAGAAGGUAUCCGGGUCAUAGGGAAGUGUUGGAUUAUUUGAAUGAUUUUGCGGUUGAGUUUGGGAUUAAUGGGGUUGUGAGAUUUGGGGUUGAAGUUGGAUAUGUGGGAAAGAUGGAGAAUGGGAAAUGGAAGGUGAGUUCGAGGAAGAGGAAAAAUGAUGAUGGUGUGUUUUCUAAUGAGGAGGAGUAUGAUGCUGUUGUGAUAUGUAAUGGACAUUAUACUGAACCAAGAAUUGCCGAUAUACCUGGAAUCGAAGUUUGGCCUGGAAAGCAAAUUCACAGCCACAAUUACCGUGUUCCUGACCCUUUUCGAGACCAAGCUGUGCUGCUGAUAGGGGGUGCUGCAAGUGCUACUGAUAUCUCCAGAGAAAUUGCUGAAGUUGCUAAAGAGGUCCACAUUUCUUCUAGAUCAGCUACAAGUGGAGUUCCGAUGAAGCUUCCUGGCUAUGAUAAUGUUUGGCUCCAUAAUAUGAUUGAAGCGGUCGGCAGUGAUGGUGGCGUGAGUUUUCGAGAUGGGUCCAAAAUCCUUGCUGACAUCAUCCUACACUGCACUGGGUACAAAUAUCAUUUUCCUUUCCUUGAAACUAAUGGGAUAGUGACUGUGGAUGACAACCGCGUUGGUCCACUUUACAAGCAUGUUUUUCCACCAGCUUUUGCACCAAGUCUCUCAUAUGUUGGGCUACCUUGGAAGGUUAUACCUUUCUUCUUGUGUGAAUUGCAAAGCAAGUGGAUUGCUGCUGUUUUAUCUGGUCGCAUUUCUCUCCCAUCAAAGGAAGAUAUGACUGCUGAUAUUGAAGCUUUCUACUCGUCCAUGACAGCUUCUUGCAUUCCAAAACGGUACACUCACAAUAUGGAUGACUAUCAGUUUGACUAUGACGAUUGGUUGGCUGCUGAGUGUGGAUCUGCACCUUCUGAAGAAUGGAGAAAGCAAAUGUAUUUUAUCUCAAGACAGAAUAAAAAGACUCUGUCUGAGACAUAUCGUGACGAGUGGGAUGAUAAUGACUUGAUCAUUCAAGCAUAUGAAGACUUCGUAAAAUAUAUUCCUGAACUAGCUCAGGCACAGAAUCUCCCAAGAUGAUUCUUUUGGGAACACUAGCAUGUAAUAUGCCUGAAUUUGAUUAUUUUGUUGUUUACAGGAAAUAUGUAGCUGAAUAAAUCAUCAAGUAUAGUAAAACUGGAAAUUCCUCAAUUAAUUUCAAUUGUAAUUGUGCCAUUGAAAUUUAUUAAUAUAAGUCAUCCAGCUUGUACACAA